CAAUUAUGGUUGUAAUGGCCCUCUUCUUCUUCUUGCAACAUUUGACGUUUGCAAUAAGAAGAUAAAAAGAGACUUACACACGCACGCUUCGGUAUUAUUUGAAGGUUUGGCGUAAAAAAGUGGCCCUGGUGACAGUUAAUCGAGUCAUUGGGAGACCUCGCUCCGCGUCGGGAUUGCAGCAGAUUCGUGGCAGUUUAUGUUUACCCAGGCGGUGGACAGACACAUGAGGCACGCAUGAAAUUCCAAUAGCACUGCGGAGCUGGUGCGUAAAAAGGCACAGGCUCCAUUGCGGGGACAUGGCGACACGUCAGGACGACGAGAUCGGGGGCGGAGGUCCGGAGUCCGCCCUUUUUCGCGUCCUUUCCCACCAGGAGGAGGUGGCCAAUUUCCUGGCCCACCAGCAGCAUCAGCAGCAUCAACAGCAGCAUCAACAUCAACAUCAGCACCAAAACCAAAACCAAAACUAUCUGAUCCACCAGCAGCAGCAGCAGCAUGGACAGGCACCCGGGCCCAUGAUGUGGCCACCUCCGCCGCCGCCGCAUCUAGCGGCCCCCCAGUUUCCGCCCCAUCUGCAGCAGCAGCAGCCGCCGCCGCCGCCGCCCCACCUGUACAACGAGUAUCUGUACAACCUGGCCUACUCGGGGCAGCCUGGCCAGCCGGAGACCUACUCCGUGCUGCCCGUGGGGCACGGCAACUUUCUCAAGGUGUACCACUGCCCGGAUAACCCGGUCAGCGAGGGCAGCGCUCCGCUCUUCACCACGCAUAUCAACAUGGCCUCGCUGAACCACCAUCAGCUGCAGCACCACCAGACCGCGCCGCCGACUCCGCCACAGCCCACUCCACUCUACGAACUGUUUGCCACGAAUCCUCUUACCUUGCCGCAGGCUCAGCAGCAAGAAGCCCAACAGCGCCAGUCGCAACAGUCGCAACAGUCGCAGCAGGCGCAGCAGGCACAGCAGACGCAGUCCCAGACACAGCCGCCACCUGCCGCCCAGGCCAUUCACUCGCCGAGCAGUGCCAAUCUGCUCAUCAACAACCUGGUGAACAACUGGUCGCCCAAUCUGACUGGCGGCAGUUACAUACAAUUCGGGGACGAGGCAAAUGGGAACGAUAUCCAACAGGCUGAGCUCCCGGCUGCCACCCAGCAGCUACAGGCGACCAAACCGGUGCUACAGCAGCAGCAGCAGCAGCAGCCGUCGGAGCCACUGUCGCAAUCCGUCAGCCCACUGCCUUUGACCUCGAAGCCGGCGAAGCCUUUGAAGAUGCCGUUGGCCACUGCCACUGUCCCACCCACUGCCAUCAACAAGUCGAGCGUCGUGGUGGCCGGCCAGCCCGAGGGAAAGAAGCGCAUCGUGGCCGAGGUGAAGCCCAUGCCCAUGUCCUACUCCGAUGUGCUCAGCAAGGGCACUAAGGCGAGCGCCUUGGGGGGAGAGAUUCGCUCAGGAAACGGAGUCGACUAUGGCAACCAACCGCAGCGGCGACAGGGCAAGGAGGAUGGCAAUGGAAAUCGAGAAAUGCGCACGGCAAAGCGCUCGCCGAUGCACGAUGCCAAGGAGUUGGGUUCGGUGGCAGCUAGUGUUGGUCAUGCGCACGCCGGCCGCGGCAAGAAGCGAGGUCAAGCCAACCAGGCUGCGACGCUGAAGCAGCAACAGCCGCAGCAACAGCCGCAGCAACAGCCGCAACAGCCGCAGCAGCAGCAGCAGCAACAGCCAGUGCAGCCCACUCCACAGACGCAGAACAAAGCCAGCAAGGCGAGUAACCAGGAAAAAAAGCGGCCACUGCAGUCGAAGAACUUGAACAGCAACACCCUAAAGGCAUCGGAACAGAAGACAACAACCGCAUCGGUGGCCACUAUCAGCAGCCAGCAGCAGAACCACAGCAAUGACAGCAAUGCAACUACUGCCAGCAGCUUGAGCAGCUCAUCACGUAAAUCGGGCAGCAGCAAAGUCAACUCCAAUGCAAGUCAAUCGAAUCACACUGGCGCAAACAUCAAUCUGGGCAGCAGCAGCAGCAGCAGCAGCGUCAACUACUCCAGCAACAACAAUGUUAGUUCCUCGUCGUCCAAGCGGUAUUCCUCCUCGAAUGUGAAUCUUAAUUCGAAUAACAGUUCUGGCUACUCCUACUCGUCGAAGCGCAAUCGCAGCAAUGCCUACUCCUCGUCCGGCUCGCCCACGCAUGUCAACAGCUUUGCCAGCAACCGCAACUACGAGCUGGCCAAGCGCAUCCUGCACACUUGGUGGAUAUACACCCUCAAACUGCUUACAUGGCUGUUCUAUUUGGUCUACGACAUUGUCGUACUGGGCUUCAGCAUGGCCUAUGAGCGUAUGACACUGGCCUACGUUGCCGGCUUGAUCUAUGCACGGCAGCUGCACAAGGAACUCAAGCAGAAUUCCGGCAAGCCGAGCAUCUGGUGGCGAGGCUACUGGCGCCGUUUCGAUGCUCGCUUCGCCAAGAACUCUCGCUGGGCCGUGUGGCGACGGUUCUACAAACGGAAGCCCCCUGAAACCACAUCCGAGCAGUUCAAAACUGGCCGCCUGCCGCAAACGGGAGAGGAGGCAAUGUACUCGCUGCUGAACUGCAAGGGCAAGGAUGCCUACAGCAUACUUGGUGUACCGCCAGAUAGUUCACAGGAGCAGAUCCGUAAGCAUUACAAGAAGAUUGCCGUGCUCGUGCAUCCCGAUAAAAACAAACAGGCUGGAGCUGAGGAGGCUUUCAAGGUGCUGCAGCGGGCCUUUGAGUUGAUCGGAGAACCGGAGAACCGUCUUAUUUAUGACCAAAGCAUCGCCGAAACUUUGCACGCAGAGAAGGCGUGGACGGAGCUGCACGACCUGCUUUCCCAACUGCAGACAAAAAUGGCUGAGGCGGCAAACACUAUAAGAUGCAGCACCUGUGCGCAGCGGCAUCCUCGUAAGCUGACCGAACGUCCUCAUUAUGCGGCGCGGGAGUGCGCCUCCUGUAAGAUACGACACUCCGCCAAAGAUGGCGACAUUUGGGCCGAGACCAGCAUGAUGGGAUUGCGGUGGAAAUAUUUAGCGCUAAUGGACGGCAAGGUCUAUGACAUAACCGAGUGGGCCAAUUGCCAAAAGGGAGCUCUGUCGCAUUUGGAACCAAACUCGCAUAUGGUGCAGUAUCGCAUAGUGCGCGGUGCGCAGCAGCAGCAACAACAACAGCAGCAGCAGCAGCAGCAACACCACCAGCAACCGCAGCAACCACAUCACGAUAGGGGUGGCCACCAUCCAGGCGGGGGAGUCAGUGGGGUUAGCGAGGCUACAUUGCACGAGUUCUUGGACAAUUUGUACAGCGGCCAGCAUCCAGGGGCGCCCAACGCCUUUGCCGGAAAUGCGCGACGCCGUACGCGACGUAACUAAGCAUCGCGAGCGUAGUCUUAAGUGUUUUAAAAUCUCUAAUCUACAGUUAAUAAUACGCCCAAUGCAUCGCCGUGUGCUGCUUGGUUCUUACUCACUCCCAAAUCACAGCACAUCAGCGGCAGCUGAGUACUCAACUUCACUGCUGUUCUUGCAGCACUAACUUACAACGCAACUCCCAUCCAUGUCUGUUUUUGUCAGGUUUAUAAGCCAUAUUAACCUUUCCAAGACGUUUAGUUCACCUAUUGCUCUAAAGAAGACCCUGAAAUUAUUUGACUUGACACUUUGAAUUGUAAAAUUGCCAACCACUAUAUUCGACCAAAUCAAUGUUUUAUCCUUUGAUUCUGCCUCCCGUUUAUGGUCAGCUUACCGCGCCUAGUUCUUAGUAAACAACUUUAGUUUUAAGUUCUAAGUUUACUAUCUCCGUCUAUUUCGAUUGCGAAUGCGACGGCACACGUGUAAAAUCUAACACAUCCAAAUUAAACAAACAUUAAUGUUAAUAAAACAAUAUUUAACGCA